AUGGCCCGGGGCGCCCGGCUGGCGGCCGGCGGCGGCGGCGGCGGCGCGGCGGGCCCGGGGCGGCCGCGGGGGUCCCGGCCCGGCCCCGAGCGGCGCCCCCGAGGAGCCCGCGCGGCGCCCGGGAGCCCCGGCGGGGACGCGGGGGAGCGCGGCGGGCGGCCGGCGACAAAGUUGGGCGCGGGCCGGCGGCGCGGGUGGUGGGCGCUCGCGGCGCUGCAGCUGCACUUGCUCCGGGCGCUGGCUCAAGAUGACGUUGUGCCGUACUUUAAAACAGAGCCAGGCCUUCCACAGAUCCACCUGGAAGGGAACCGCCUCGUGCUCACUUGCCUUGCGGAAGGGAGCUGGCCUUUGGAGUUCAAGUGGAUGCACAACGACAGUGAGCUCACCACCUACACCAGCGAAUAUAAGUACGUUAUUCCAUCUUUGCAAAGGCUGGAUGCUGGGUUCUACCGCUGCGUUGUUCGAAACAGGAUGGGAGCACUCUUGCAAAGAAGAUCAGAAGUUCAAGUCGCAUAUAUGGGAGAUUUCACGGAUGCAGAGGAGAGACGAGUGGUCUCCGAAGGCCGCGCAGCCGUCCUCAGCUUGCCGCCCAUCAGCAGCUGCCCCCGGCCCCAGGUGACGUGGUUCCGAGACGGGCACAAGAUUAUCCCCAGCAGCAGGAUAGCCAUCACCCUGGAGAACCAGCUGGUGAUCCUGGCAGCGGCGGCCAGCGACGCGGGGGCCUACUACGUGCAGGCGGUCAACGAGAGAAACGGGGAGAACAAGACCAGCCCGCCCAUGCACCUGAGCGUAGCCAGAGACGCUGGCACGCCUGAAGCCAUGGCCCCCGUCAUCGUGGUCCCCCCGAGCAACAGGAGUGUGGUGGCCGGGUCCAGCGAGACCACCUUGGAGUGCAUCGCCAGCGCCAGGCCCGUCGAGGAGCUGAGUGUGACCUGGAAGAGAAACGGAAUGAGGGUCACCAGUGGGCUCCACAGCUUCGGGAGGCGCCUCACCAUCAGCAACCCGACCUCCUCAGACACUGGGAUGUACGUCUGUGAGGCAGCCCUGCCUGGCAGCACUUUUGAGCCCGCCAGAGCCAAAGCCUUCCUAUCUAUCAUAGAGCCACCCUAUUUUACCGUGGAACCCGAGAGUCGGAUAUUAGCAGAAGUGGAAGAAAACGUGGACAUCGUGUGUGAAGCCAUGGGGGUCCCUCCUCCCGCCCUCCAGUGGUUUAAGGAUGCUGUCUCCAUCAACAAGCUCCAGAACCCUCGGUACCAAGUGCUGGCUGGCGGAGGCCUGCGUGUCCGGCAGCUGCGUCCAGAGGACUCGGGGAUCUUCCAGUGCCUGGCCAGCAAUGCGGGUGGGGAGGUCCAGACCCACACCUACCUGGACGUCACCAAUGUGGCCCCAGCCUUCACCCAGCUCCCGGUGGACACCACGGUGACUGACGGGAUGACAGCCGUGCUCAGGUGUGAGGUGUCCGGGGCCCCCAGACCGGCCAUCGUGUGGAGCAGAGGAAGCCAUAUUCUGGCCAGCGGCUCUGUGCGGAUCCCCCGGUUCAUGCUCCUGGAGUCUGGGGGUCUGCAGAUCACCCCUGUCUUUAUCCAGGAUGCGGGCAACUACACCUGCCACGCAGCCAACUCAGAGGGCUCCCUGAAUGCGUCCGCCACGCUCACCGUGUGGAAUCGAACGUCCAUCGUGACCCCUCCGGAGGACCGCGUGGUGAUCAAGGGGACCACGGCCACGCUGCACUGCGGAGCCACCCACGACCCCCGCAUUUCUCUCCGCUACGUGUGGAAGAAGGACAACGUGGUCAUCGCCCCGUCCGGCAGCUCCAGGGUCGUGGUGGAGAAAGACGGAUCCCUCCUCAUCAGCCAGACGUGGUCGGGCGACAUCGGGGACUACACGUGCGGGGUGAUCUCCGAGGGCGGGAACGACUCCAGGACGGCACGCCUGGAGGUGAUUGAGCUGCCUCAUUCACCCCAGAACCUCGUGGCCAGCCUGAACCCUGCACACAGCCAUGCCGUGGUGCUCUCCUGGGUCCGACCCUUCGACGGGAACAGCCCUGUUCUUUACUACAUCGUGGAGCUGUCCGAGAACAACUCUCCCUGGAAAGUGCACCUGUCAGACGUCAGCCCCGAGAUGACCAGCGUCACGGUGCGCGGCCUGACCCCGGCUCGCACGUACCAAUUCCGAGUGUGUGCCGUGAACCAGGUGGGCAAGGGCCAGUACAGCGCAGAGACGAGCAGACUGAUGCUCCCCGAGGAGCCACCCAGCGCUCCCCCGAAAAACAUAGUGGCCAGCGGGCGCACCAACCAGUCCAUCAUGGUACAGUGGCAGCCACCCCCGGAGCCAGAGCACAACGGCGCGCUCCGCGGGUACGUCCUCAGGUACCGCCUGGCUGGCCUGCCCGGGGAGUACCAGCAGAGAAACAUCAGCAGCCCCGAGGUCAGCUACUGCCUGGUGACCGAGCUCAUCGUCUGGACCCAGUAUGAGAUACAGGUGGCUGCCUACAACGGAGCCGGCCUGGGCGUCUUCAGCAGGGCGGUGGCUGAGUACACCCUGCAAGGAGUGCCGACCGCGCCCCCGCAGAACGUGCAGGUGGAAGCCGUGAACUCCACCACCAUCCAGUUCCUGUGGAACCCUCCACCUCAGCAGUUCAUCAACGGCAUCAACCAGGGAUACAAGCUUCUGGCUUGGCCAGACGAUGUCCCCGAAGCUGUCACUGUUGUCACCAUUGCUCCAGACUUCCAUGGGGUCCACCAUGGGUACAUCACCAACCUGAGGAAGUUCACCGCCUACUUCACGUCAGUUCUGUGCUUCACCACCCCCGGGGACGGGCCCCCGAGCACGCCGCAGCUCAUAUGGACGCAUGAAGACAAACCGGGAGCUGUGGGCCACCUGAGUUUCACAGAGAUUCUGGACACAUCUCUCAAGGUCAGCUGGCAGGAGCCCCUGGAGAAAAAUGGCAUCAUUACAGGCUACCAGGUCUCCUGGGAGGUGUACGGGCAGAGCAGCUCGCGGCUCACGCUCACCCUCAACAGCUCAACACACGAGUACAAGAUCCAGGGGCUGUCCUCUCUCACCACCUACACCAUCGACGUGGCGGCCCUCACGGCUGCGGGCGCCGGCGUGCCCACCUCGUCCACCAUCUCCUCCGGGGUGCCCCCAGAACUUCCUGGUGCCCCAUCCAAUCUGGUCAUUUCCAACAUCAGCCCUCGCUCGGCCACACUCCAGUUCCGACCAGGGUACGAUGGGAAGACGGCCAUCUCCAGGUGGAUCGUGCAGGGACAGGUUGGAGCAGUCGGGGACGAGGAGGAGUGGGUCACCCUCUGCGAGGAGGAGAACGAGCCGGAUGCCCAGAUGCUGGAGAUCCCGGACCUCACGCCCUAUACUCACUACCGGUUCCGAAUGAGGCAGGUGAACGUCGUCGGCGCCGGCCCCUUCAGUCAGUCCUCCCGGGUCAUCCAGACGCUGCAGGCCCCCCCGGACGUGGCCCCCACCAGCAUCACCGUCCGCACUGCCAGCGAGACUAGCCUGCGGCUCCGCUGGGUGCCACUGCCAGACUCUCAGUACAACGGGAACCCCGAGUCCGUGGGCUACAGGAUCAAGUGGUGGUGCCCGGACCUGCCCUCUGUGGUGCAGACCCAAGUCAUCAGUGACCGGCUGGAGCGGGAGUUCACGGUCGAGGGGCUGGAGGAGUGGACCGAGUACGCGCUGCAGAUGCAGGCCUUCAAUGCCAUCGGCGCCGGGCCCUGGAGCGAGGCCGUGCGGGGCCGGACCCGGGAGUCGGUUCCUUCAGCCGCCCCUGAAAAUGUGUCAGCCGAGGCCGUCAGCUCCACCCAGAUCUUACUGACGUGGGCCUCAGUCCCCGAACCGGACCAAAACGGGCUCAUCCUGGGCUACAAGAUCCUGUUCCGGGCCAAAGACCUGGACCCCGAGCCCCGGAGCCACGUGGUACGCGGGAACCACACGCAGUCGGCGCUCCUGGCGGGCCUGGGCAAGUUCGUGCUCUACGAGCUCCAGGUGCUGGCCUUCACCCGCAUCGGGAACGGGGUCCCCAGCGCGCCCCCCAUCCUGGAACGCACCAAAGACGACGCCCCAGGCCCGCCCGUGAGGCUCGUGUUCCCGGAGGUGAGGCUCACGUCUGUGCGGAUCGUGUGGCAGCCUCCAGAGGAGCCCAACGGCAUUAUUCUAGGCUACCAGAUCGCCUACCGCUUGGCCAGCAGUAGCCCCAACACCUUCACCACCGUGGAGGUUGGUGCCACCGUGAGGCAGUUCACGGCCACCGAGCUGGCCCCCGAAUCUGCGUACGUCUUCCGGCUAUCGGCCAAGACCAGGCAGGGCUGGGGGGAGCCGCUGGAGGCCACGGUCAUCACCACUGAGAAGAGAGAGCGGCCCGCACCCCCCAGGGAGCUCCAGGUGCCCCAGGCCGACGUGGCGGCCCGCAGCCUGUGUCUGCGGUGGGUGCCCGGCAGCGACGGCGCCUCCCCGAUCCGGUACUUCACGCUGCAGCUGCGCGAGCUCCCCGGGGGCCAGUGGCAGACCUACUCCUCGUCCAUCAGCCACGAGGCCACAGCCUGUGUCGUCGAAAGGCUGAGGCCCUUCACCUCCUAUAAGCUGCGUCUGAAGGCCACCAACGACAUUGGGGACAGCGACUUCAGCGCCGAGACGGAGGCGGUCACCACGCUGCAGGAUGUCCCCGGGGAGCCCCCACGCUCCGUGUCUGUGACGCCACGCACCACCUCGUCUGUCCUGAUCCAGUGGCAGCCCCCAAGGGACGAGAGCCUGAACGGCCUCCUGCAGGGCUACCGGAUCUACUACCGUGAGCUGGAGUACGAGGCGGCCCCCGCCACCGAGUCCAAGAUGCUCAAGACGCCCUCAGCUCUGCGGGCCGAGCUCACAGCCCAGAGCAGCUUCAAGACCGUCAACAGCAGCUCCACCGAGACGACCUACGAGUUAACACAUCUGAAGAAAUACCGGCGCUAUGAAGUGGUCCUGACGGCCUACAACGUCGUCGGCGAGGGCCCGGCCAGCACGCCUGUGGAGGUCUUCGUCGGCGAGGCCGCCCCUGCCCAGGCCCCGCAGCGCGUGCAGGUGAACCCGCUCACGGCCAGCCAGCUGGAGGUCACGUGGGAGCCGCCGCCGCCGGAGAGCCAGAACGGGAACAUCCAGGGCUACAAGAUCUACUACUGGGAGGCGGACAGCCAGAACGCCACGGAGAAGAUGCGGGUGCUGUUCCUGCCCGAGACCACGGCCAAGCUGAAGAACCUCACCAGCCACACCGAGUACCUGGUCAGCAUCUCGGCCUUCAACGCCGCGGGCGACGGGCCCCGGAGCGAGCCCCAGCCGGGCUGCACCCACCAGGCAGCUCCCGGGACCCCCAGCUUUUUGGCGUUCUCGGAAAUAACCUCCACCACGCUGAACGUCUCAUGGGGCGAGCCCGCGGCAGCCAACGGCGUCCUGCAGGGCUACCGAGUGGUGUACGAGCCGCUCACACCCGUCCAAGGGGUCAGCAAAGUGGUGACUGUGGAUGUGAAGGGGAGCUGGCCGCGCUGGUUGAAGGUGCGGGACCUCACCAAGGGAGUCACCUACUUCUUCCGCGUGCAGGCACGGACCAUCGCCUACGGGCCUGAGCUGCAGGCCAACGUCACAGCCGGGCCGGCCGAGGGGUCCCCGGGCUCCCCUCGAGACGUCUCGGUCACCAAAUCCACCUCUGAGCUGACCCUGCAGUGGACGGAGGGCCGGGCCGGCAGGACGCCCACCACAGGCUACAUCAUCGAGGCCAGACCCUCAGACGAAGGCCUGUGGGACAUGUUUGCCAAGGACAUUCCGCGGGGCGCCACGUCCUACACCGUCAGCCUGGACCAGCUCAGGCAAGGAGUGACCUACGAGUUCCGGGUGGUGGCCGUGAACCAGGCGGGCUACGGGGAGCCCAGCAGCCCCUCUGCCGCCGUGUCAGCUCAGGUGGAGACGCCCUUCUACGAGCAGUGGUGGUUCCUCCUGGUGAUGGUGCUCUCCAGUCUGCUGGUCAUCCUGCUGGUGGUGUUCUCGCUGCUGCUGCACGGCCAGAGCAAGAAGUACCGCAACUGCGGCGCAGGUAAGAGCAUCUCCAACAUGGAGGAGUCCGUGACCCUGGACAACGGGGGGUUUGCCGCCUUGGAGCUCAACAGCCGCCACCUCAACGUCAAGAACACCUUCUCAAAGAAGAAUGGGGCCAGGUCCCCGCCCCGGCCGAGCCCCGGCGGGCUGCACUACUCCGACGAGGACCUCUGCAACAAGUACAACGGCGCCGCGCUGACCGAGAGCGCGGCCCUCCAGGAGAAGCCGGGCGACGCCACGGAGUCCGAGGUCACCGACUCCGAGUCCGAGGACGCGCCACCCCAGCACUCGUUCGUCAACCACUACCUGAGCGACCCCACCUACUACAACUCGUGGAAGCGGCGCGCGGGCGCGGCCCCGCACAGGUACGAGGCGGUGGCGGGGGCGGAGGCCGGGCCGGCCCCGCGCGCGGUGGUCACCACGCAGAGCGCCGUGUUCGCGCCCGCGGCCCGCGGCGCCCGGACUCCGCUCACCGGCUUCUCCUCCUUCGUGUGAGCUGAGCGGCGGCCGUGUGGAGACAAUCACCUCCCGGAACUGGGCUCGAGCUGGGUUGAGAGGAGCUGACGCUGAUGGUUGAUUUCACCCCCUUGUGAACACGAUUGCAAUUAGGAACGUUUUUUUAACUGGCUUUUUGUAACAUCGCUGCAGGAAGCAGGUUUCUUUGUUUUUCUUUUCUUUUUACGAGAAGGUGUGUUUCGCCGGGUGCAAGGGCUCGGCACGCCGACCUGGGAAGGCCUGAGCCCUGGGGGCCCGGCUUCUCCACCGUGCGGCCUGGGAAGGCUGGGGGGAGGGGGCGGGGGUCCUCCAGGCCUCCCUCUCUCUGCUCUACCUCCUGCCUGAGAACCAGCGCCCGCCGCGGGCUCCCGGCGCGAGGAGCAGGUGUCCGACCUGGGCCCAGGGCCUCCCGACCUCGUGCGAACGUCCCUGAAAUGUCCUCACUCGGCAGCUUUAGGCGAGGAGCCGGCUUCACAGUUCCUGGCAACAGGGCGGCAGAGGCCAAGGCUCAUUCCAGGGGUGAAAUACCCGGGGCUUUCCUGCUUCGGUCCUUUCUUUUAACCCCCAUCGUCCAGGGGCCUGGAGCGUCCCAGCUGGGAGCCACCUCCUGCCCCCGCCCCCGCCGGCUCCUCCCGAGUGCCCAGCACAGGCCGGAGGAGAGGAGACAGCGGCGCAGAAUCGCUGGUUGUGUAAGAGGUGUGCAUUGUUAACCAGAGUAUUUUUUAAACCUUUUUAUCUUUUUUUAAAAUAUGCCACAUGAAAUGAAUGCGUCUCAGCUGUCUGCAGUGCCUUUCUGUUCCUUGUUUAGCUUUGUCGGCGGGAAAGACAAAGAGCCUCGGUGUCUCCAAGUAAAGCAGAAUGGCUCUGAGAAGAUGGGGUCCCCAGUCCCCUCCGGACCCCGCCCUGUGCCCCCCAGGCUCUCUUGUACACGUGGCCGCGUCCUUCCUUGGGGCAGCGCUGUGGUCCCGUCCCCCGACCCCAGGCCAGCUCUUAGCCUUAACGGGUUUUCUGGAAACCUUUUUUCCCUGUAAUUGUUAUUGUUUUGUUUUCCUUUAUUUUUAGCUAAAUGAAAGUAGCAUGAGCUACUUUGAAAAUGA